AUGGCGGUGAGAGAAGCAGAAGACAGACUGAGCGCAGAUGCACCAGCCAGCAGAAGGAAUAACACCUCACUGCAAGGCACAGCAACUACCAUCAUGGCUGCAAGAGAAGUAGGAGAAGAUGUGACAAUGAGAGCAGUGCUUUCAUGGUUCAUUGACACCGCUGCCUCUGCCUUCAAUCUGGCUUUCUUGAUGAUCACAGAGACCGCAGCUGCAUCACAAAGAUGUUUAUUACUCACUAGAAAAUGUCAGAAUAAGCUCUUUAUUAUUCUUCAAGAAUGA